CCGGCCCGGGCCCCAGCAUGGCCGAGCCGCUACUCAGGAAAACCUUCUCCCGCCUUCGGGGCCGGGAGAAACUUCCCCGGAAAAAGUCGGACGCGAAGGAGCGCGGCCGCCCAGCCCAGCGCCCGGAGCCCAGUCCUCCAGAACCAGAGCCCCAGGCCCCGGAAGGAUCCCAGGCUGGGGCAGAGGGGCCCCCCAGCCCCGAGGCAUCUCGGAGUCCGGCUCGGGGUGCCUACCUGCAGAGCCUGGAGCCCAGCAGCCGCCGAUGGGUGCUGGGCGGGGCCAAGCCACCAGAUGAGGCCACUUUGGGGCCCGGGGCAGCUGGCAGUAGGGAGCCUGCUGGUGAGAUCUGGUACAACCCCAUCCCUGAGGAGGACCCCAGACUCCCGGCACCUGAGCUCCCAGGCCCACAGCCAGGCUCAGCUGAGCCGGAGAGCCUGGCCUCCCCAGGCGCAGCCCCCGCCAGCCCCCCAGCCAAAGCCUCCCGCACCAAGUCCCCAGGCCCGGCCAGGCGGCUCUCAAUGAAGAUGAAGAAGCUGCCCGAGCUGCGGCGCCGCCUGAGUCUGCGGAGCACCCGGGCUGGCCGAGAGCGUGCGCGAGCCGCCCCCGCGGGCUCUGUCAUCAGCCGUUACCACCUGGACAGCAGCGUGGGGACCCCGGGGCGGGCGGCAGCGUCGGAGGGCGCACGGGGCCUGAGGGCCGGUUACCUCAGUGAUGGCGACUCUCCUGAGCGCCCAGCGGGGCCCCCGUCGCCCACCGCCUUCCGCCCCUAUGAGGUGGGCCCAUCGGCCCGGACGCCCCCCACUGCACUCUGGGGCCGCCUCAGCCUGCACCUGUACGGGCUGGGGGGGCUGCGACCGGCACCUGGGGCCACUCCGCGAGACCUCUGCUGCCUGCUGCAGGUGGAUGGGGUGGCCCGGGCCCGAACGGGGCCGCUGCGUGGGGGGCCAGACUUCCUGCGGCUGGACCACACCUUCCACCUGGAACUCGAGGCCGCGCGGCUGCUGCGGGCCCUGGUGCUGGCGUGGGACCCUGGCGUUCGGCGGCACCGGCCCUGCGCCCAGGGUACUGUGCUGCUGCCCACGGUGUUCCGAGGGUGCGAGGCCCAGCAGCUGGCUGUGCGCCUGGAGCCCCAAGGGCUGCUGUAUGCCAAGCUGACCCUGUCGGAGCAACAGGAAGCACCAGGCACAGCUGAGCCCCGAGUCUUCGGGCUGCCCCUGCCACUGCUGGUGGAGCGGGAGCAGUCCCCGGGCCAGGUGCCCCUCAUCAUCCAGAAGUGUGUUGGGCAGAUCGAGCGCCGAGGGCUACGGGUAGUGGGGCUGUACCGUCUGUGUGGCUCAGCAGCCGUGAAGAAAGAGCUUCGAGAUGCCUUUGAGCGGGACAGUGCAGCUGUCUGCCUCUCCGAGGACCUGUACCCCGAUAUCAAUGUCAUCACUGGCAUCCUCAAGGAUUAUCUGCGGGAGCUGCCUACCCCGCUCAUCACCCAGCCCCUCUAUCAGGUGGUGUUGGAGGCCAUGGCCCGAGAGCCCCCAAGCAGGGCUCCUUCCAGCACUGAGGGCACCCGUGGGCUCCUCAGCUGCCUGCCAGAUGUGGAGAGGGCUACACUGACGCUUCUCCUGGACCACCUGCGCCUUGUCUCCUCCUUCCACGCCCACAACCGCAUGACUCCGCAGAACCUGGCCGUUUGCUUCGGUCCUGUGCUGCUGCCGGCGCGCCAGGCACCCGCCAGGCCCCGCAUCCGCAGCUCUGGCCCGGGCCUCUCGAAUGCAGUGGAUUUCAAGCGCCACAUCGAGGUGCUGCACUACCUGCUGCAAGCCUGGCCAGAUCCGCGCAGGCCCCCAGAGGCUCCGGAGCUUGUCCCGUACCUGCGGCCCAAACGACAGCCGCCGCUGCACUUGCCGCUAGCGACCCCCGAAGUGGUGACUCGGCCCCGCGGCCGGGGCGGCCCCGAGAGCCCCCCGAGCAACCGCUACGCCGGUGACUGGAGCGUUUGCGGGCGGGACUUCCUGCCUUGUGGGCGGGACUUCCUUUCCGGGCCGGACUACGACAACGUGACGGGCAGCGACAGCGAAGACGAGGACGAAGAGGCUGGCGAGCCGACGGUCGCCACCGACUUCGAAGACGACUUCGAGGCUCCCUUCAACCCGCACCUGAACCUCAAAGAUUUUGAUGCCCUCAUCAUGGACCUGGAGAGAGAGCUCUCCAAGCAGAUCAACGUGUGUCUGUGAGCCGGGCGGGGCCGGACCCCGAUUACUAAGGCCGGGCUCCUGGUUGCUAAGGCGGUGCCCUAACGACCUAGGGGGACCAGACCUGUAGCUCAGGCCUAGCUCCUGGUUCCUGGGGAGUUGCCUAGUGACCAGCCAACCCAUUGCUGAGAAUCAUUCCUCGUUUCCAGUGCUCAACAUUUGGGCACUGGUUGCGAAGGCCGGGGAUUGGGAAUUUUCGGGACCAGCUAUUGUGGCCAUCUUUUCUGAGUACCAAGGGCUUCUUCCCGGCUGCCAAAAGGCAGUUCUGCUUGCAGGGCUGGCUGGCCUCUCUUGCUUCCCCUCAGCCAGGGAAACGCCAGUUACUGUGAGCAUCACCCUGGGAUGGUGAGACACCCCCCCAGUCAGUCCUCUUGCUGCUGCCAACCAAAUCAGUAUUAGCUUUGAGCACUGCACUCUGCUUCUCCCUCGGCGGGCCCAAGGACUAUCAUGAGAUACUGUUUGAGGCAGGGUGGGGGAAAGCCCCUAUCCUGCGCUCAGGCUGGAUAGGGGCAGCCUGAGGCUUAUAGGAAAACAGCUGGUUUCCCCACCCUCUUUUCCAAGGAAAACCCCAUGAUUGCCUCAAACCAGCAAAAGUAGAUAGCAGAGUAUGGCCCUUCCCCUCCCCAAUUCUUCCUCCCCAUUCCUGAACAAACUGAGCACUUAUAAGACCUCCCUUUCGGAGGGGCCCCACCUGAAGUGUCAGGCUGGGGGCAUUUUGGUACGGAACAUAUUUAUUGCCUCCGUGCGUGUGUGUCUGUGUGUGAGGACUAGUGUGCAUGGACAUGUCUAGAGCAGGCAUGUGGGGCUCCUUCAGGGACCACAGAGCGGGGAAAGAGGUUGCAGUGCCCAG